AUGACUUUAAAAACAAUGAAAAAAAGCGAUCUACAGCAUCUUGCAGUGCAGUUGAAUAUAAAUAGUGAUGGUUUAAAAGCUGACUUGGAAACGAGAAUUGUUGAUUAUUUAUUAAAAAAUGAAGCUUCACUUUCUAAAAAUCCGAAUUUUUCAUCUUAUUAUGCAGAGUUUUCUUCCAAUAUUGGAUAUUUUGCAAAUAAUGUAAAAAAUUCUCGAAAAAAAUCCGCAAUUCUGCAGAAAACUAUUGUCAAAAAGCCCUUACUUGUGAGUGAUCAAGGUGAUUCUUUUGAUGAUAAAAAUAAUGAUACUUUUUUUGUGGAUCAGAACAAAAAAGGCCAAUUUAAGAUAGACAAUGUUGUAAAAGUGACCCCUAAUAAUACGUCAGAGUCGGCUAUACCCGAUACAAUUUGCAUUUCUGAAUUUGCUAAGGGUUUAACUUUAAAAAGUGAUUUUGAACACUGUUCUCAACCUCAUUUUGUUCCUGAUAAAUUAUUAAAUAUACGCAAACGUUUAUCCAGGGUCUUAGUAGUGGAUUUUUUAUUUUGUAUUUAUGAGUUUUAUAAUCUCUUAAAAUUUUUGGUUCCAUGGACAUAUGGGAUAUUUCUUCCUUCAUAUUUUGGUUCUUUUAGUGGCAAGAUUUUUUAUUUGCCUGACGUUUCUGUAUUUUCUUCAUUUAAAGAUUUUUGGUUACCCUUUUUGACUUGGUGGUUAUUGGCAAUACUUGUACCUUUAAUUGCUGCUAUAAUAUUUAAUUUCCAUGAAUCUGGAAAGGGAAAAAGUUCUAAAAUAAUUGAUCCAAUGACAUUUUCUGUUGUUAAAGCAAUAGUGGCGUAUUCUAUAUUUUAUAAAGGUCUUCGGGAAAAUUUAUUUUUUCUGGAUUCCAUAUUUGUCGUUAAGCGUGCUGUUGGCGUUGAGCUUAUGUUUAUUAUGUCUUUUAUAGGAGUAUUAUAUGCAAUGUAUGAUACUUCGAUUUCUAGAAAAUAA